AUUUGAAAUCGUCCAUCUAAACUAAAAUGGAAUAAUGGCAGCUAAAGAAGAAGUUGUGAGAAUAUCCUAUGCAAAUUUAGAGAAAAUUGUUCUUUCAUCAAAUUCAGGAACUCCUGAAUCUAAAAGAAAAAAUGACAGGAAGCAAAGCUAUUACAAUAAACAACAGAAGGCAAGACGACCUGAGCAGCAAAUAUACCGUCCAGGUCAGCUUCGUCAAAGUAAAGAACAUAAAAAUGGCGACAAAACUGGGGAUAAAGAUGAAGAUUUAGUGUCACCAUCUAAUUUGGAGGAGGAAUCCUGGGACAGUGUUGACUUAAAAGUGAAUUCAACUGAUGAAGAUGUCAGCAAAGCCAGCAGAGAAAGCAGUGGUGAUGUUAAUGAAAGGGACAUCAACCAACGUUUGGAUGAUCUCUAUAUCGAAUCCCCUCCUAGGGAGACCCAAGCCAAUAGUAAGCAAGAAACAGCUGAUCUGAUACCUGGUCAAGAUUUGGAUGAAGAAUAUGCCACUUCAGAAAAAAACUGGAGAGAUAAGGGGUAUGGAAAACGCAGGGGGAAAAGACCUGAUAUACAGAUAUAUGUGCCUAGAGCAAGGCUUGGAGACAAAGAAAGAAAAAGUGAAGAAAGAGACGAUGGCAGUGAAAGAAGUCCAUCGUCUAAAAGUGAAGAUGUCAAAGAAAAGGUGGAUGAGAAGAAAAGCUCUGAAAAUGCUGACGAGGUUGUUGUAGCAGAUGCAGCAGAAAACCUGCGUAAAGUUCAAGUGAAAAACAAAGGUGGCGCCAUGAAAGUGACUGUUGUGAAUGAAUCCAUCACUACACAGACAGUCACUGACAGCUCACCUAACAUUUCCCGGAAAGAUUUAGGGACACACCCUGCAAGAAACAACCAAAACCAGAAAUCUCAGAAACCCAAGGAACCCACAGCAGCUGAUAAACAGACAAGAAACAAAGAUAUCGAUUCGAAAAAUAAAGAUUUGGAGUCGAAAAAUAAAAAUCAGCCACGAGGGGGAGGAGAAAAGAAUUUCCGACAGUUUGAAAACAGCAGGCGUGGUAAAGGAAGGCCAGACACAGCAGGGAGUGAAAUCCAAGCAAGUCAAGACAUAAGAAAACAGGUUCCAGAUAAAAUUGAUAAACCUGUAAAAUCUUAUUCCAAAAAUAGAAGAUCAAACUCAAGUGAUUCAAGGCUUAAAGAUAAUGAUCAAAUUGACCCUAAACGUGGCCAGUCGGAGAAUUCUCAGUUUUCUAGUGAAACAUUUCCUCGUGUUAAAGGUCAGCGAGGGAAAGGAACUAAAGGGAACGGAAGAGAAAACAGCAAUAAGGAAGGAUAUGGAGCAGGGAAAAGUGUUAGGGAAGGUGAGAAGUUCUACUGGGGUAUGAGAAGGCAGAGAACUGGCAGUAUAAGCAGUGAGGCAAGUGUUGCGAGCAACCCUAGCAACGGAUCCUUUUACAGUGGGAGCAGUGACUUCACAGAGGACGAUGAGCCAGAGCACAUUCUGAACUGGGGGGAGGAGGUAGAGAAGGCCCACCUGGAAGAGCUGGCUCGCAUAGUGCAUGACGGUGCUAGAAAGCUGACCAGUAGCUUAGACGCCUACCCCGGAUUUGGACCUGCUGUAGGGACUCCGGAAGCUGCAAAGAAAACUGAAUCAAGUUCCACACUCGAUCGGCAGAAAUCUGUGUCUGCGGAUGAGAUUUUCCGUGGAAAAUUAAAAGAGGGGGGUAGAACAAGGCAUAGGCGACAUAGGCAUAGAAAAAAUUCUUCGAAACAAGGCAGUCGUGACUCAUCUGUGCAUAGCAGUAUUCAUGGAGAAGAUGGCUUCAGUGAACGGGGUCACAGGCGUAGGCGUGGACGUCUGAAUUCUCAGGGUUCACAGGGUAGUUAUGAACAUCAUCACCAGUCUCAAAGGUCGCAUCAGAAGUCUCAUGACGACAGGCGUUAUGGAGAUAACGCAGGUGAUGUAGGGAGGGGCAACAGGUCUGGUCUACAGGUUACCAUUGGUGACAACAAUAGACAUGUUGAAAUCAGCAGGGGAGGUAAUGGCGCAGGCAGGCAGAGGCACAGGAGUGAUGAUAAGUGGGAUCCACAUCACAUCAAAGACUACGACAUGGAGGAAGGAGAGGAGGAUUGGGGUAGGAGCUACAAUUACGCUGAGGAUGGGGAGUACAAGAAAGAGGAGAGGCACAACCCACAUAGGAGAGAGAAAGAGGCCCCGCCCAGGUUUAGAAAAGAAAGUGGGAAGGGGAAACGUGGAGGUUCAAGGGAAGAAAACAACCAGCACCCACAUGAUGAACAUAGAUCUGAUGAGCACGAUGGAAUGAUCAAGAGUCAAGAAUUCGAAAGAAGGGCCUACCCUGGGGAUCAGAGAGCAAUUCAUCCAGCUCAUGACGCCAGCGGUACUCGUAAUAAAGGUCAAGGUCGGAACAGACAAGGCAAAGGAUGGAGGAGAGAUGAUAAAGAGGAUGCAGUCAGUUAUCGGCGGCCAAUCGAAAGGGCCGGGUCAUUGAACCAUGAUGAUCUGUCCCUGUCCCAGAGAGCAAAAGGUGGAGGUUUGCUUAGACUUCCUAGUCAACAACAAGAACCUCCCCGUCCCCAUAGCAACCCGAGUCCAGCCAUUCACGCAGAUCAUGCCCAUCAUUUCUACACUGACAGUCACCACAACAGUGGGAGCGCAGCACAAGGCUCAAAUACCCGCGGCCCACCUCAAGGCAAACGUCACCUGUUUGAUCCUAAAAAUCCAACCAAACCCAUCAUCAUACCCGACGCAACCCCUCCCCUGAGAUCAGACGAUGGUGAAAAGAAACUCUCCCCCAGCCCUGGAUCUGGUUUAACGUCAUCCUCACCAGACAGCCCCCAGACCCACCAGUACCCAGCUAUGUUCUACCCUCCUGACUUCCAUCCCAUGUACAGGUUCAGGCCACCUAUGCCGCCAUUCACAACCCCAUUUAUGGCUGGGUUUCCUGGAACCAUGCCUCCACAUAUGUUCUUCAGGUAUCCCAGAAUGCCACAACCUGAUUUGUCAUUUUACAAUAGCUCCGACAUUGACCCAGCUGCUUCACGCUCACAGUAUCGCAUGAUGGCGGAACAAAUUUUAAGAGACUCCCUUCCAUUUGACAGCCAGUUAGGAAAUAUUUUGUCUAGAAGGCCCAACUCAGAGGACAGUUUUAGAAUGGUUAAUCAAAUAAGGGCUGAACUUCAAAACCGGUUAGAGCAAGUGAUCAUCUCUGAUGUGGAAGUUGCUAACAAGCACAAUGUGGAACAGCUGUUGUGGAAAUCUGUUUACUACCAGGUCAUUGAAGCAUACCGUAAAAGAAUUGGAGAGGAGAGCCAAGAUGUAUCAUCUAAACAAAGGUUGAUGGAUGUCCUGGAUGAGGGAGCUCGGUUCUUUGAAAAUUUAUUGAAAAAGCUGCAAUCUACCUAUGAAUUUGAUCUCGAAGCAUUCUCUGAUGGCAAUCGUCCAAUGCCUGAAGUGGUGGGUAGGAAUGUAAAACUUGCCCUCUUGAGUGCACAGAGAGUUAUGAUGUUUCUAGGAGACAUUGCCAGAUACAAGGAACAAGCAUCAGACACCACCAACUAUGGCAAAGCUAGGCAUUGGUAUCUGAAAGCACAAAGAAUUCACCCACGUAAUGGGCGACCAUACAAUCAGCUAGCUAUCUUAGCGGUGUACACGCGAAGGAAAUUGGAUGCUGUGUACUACUACAUGAGGAGCCUAGCAGCCAGCAACCCUAUACUUACAGCCAGAGAGUCCCUCAUGUCCUUGUUUGAUGAGGUCAGAAGAAAGGUUGAUGCUGUAGAGAAGAAAAGGUUUGAAGAACGGAAAAACAGAAUGGCCUUGAGACGCAAGCAUCACGGUCGGGGUCCAAGAGUGGAGAUCUGGGUUUUACCAGAUGGGACAAGUACGCAAGACAGAGUGGAUGAGGCAGAGUAUGAGGAUGACCUCAGCUCUCUGUCUGCUAUUGAGCUAAAUAAAAGAUUUGUGCUGACCUAUCUCAAUGUUCAUGGAAAACUUUUUACUAAAAUAAACUUUGAAGUGUUUGCAGAAAGUUCAAGCUUGAUGCUCCAAGAGUUCCAGACCCUGAUCCAGCACUCCCCUUGUGUCUUCAGCAGCACCAGGUUCCUCCAGCUCAUGGUCAUCAACAUGUUCUCAGUGGACAACACUGCCCUUAAAGAUGAGUCCCUAGAAGAGAACUGCCGGUCAGUGUUACAAGAACAUGCGGUGGAGAUAGCCCUGGAGAUGUUUGGUCUGCUGGUCAAGAGAAGUUGUGAACUGCUGGAGGCGCAGGUUGAAGCUCAGGAGAAACACAAGAGCAGUCUAGCUAAAGAGGAUCACCGUAAAAGUGAUGCCACAAAUGAAGAUCCUCUACCAUCAAAUGUGAGCAGGGCUGAAAGUUGUCUUUCCUUGGGUGAGGACCUCCAUCUGAUGCUACCUGCCCUCAAGACUUGGGUAGACUGGAUGAUGUGCCAUCCUUAUUUAUGGAACCCCCAGCCCUUGAACAGGCCACCUGAUCUGGGUCCACAAAUUGAUGUAUGGAAAAAUCUGGCGACAUUCUGUGAUCUCUUGAAUGAAGUUGAAACCAAGCAGGGUUGUUUGAUUAGAGAGCCUCAGGAAGGUUUUGAGCCAGUUAUCUUGCACGAGGACAUGAUGUUGGCUGGCUUUGUUCCCAUGUUGAGUGCACCACAGGAAAUUUUCUACGUGGAUUCUAAAGUCGACAAAGCCCAGGCAGAGGACUGGUUGAGGAUUGAAAAACUGCGGCUCUUUGGAGAGUACUUGUGUGGAGUUGAGCCCCCCAUGUUGGCGUUUAAUGUGGAGAGUGGAAAAUACUAUUCUGUGGCUCCGUCUCCAACCCGAUCUGAAGAAAAACUUGUGGGUGAGGACAAAUCUGGAUUGGACUCAGCAGAUGAUUCUGAUGAUGUUAUCAUUGAGCACGGGGACUCUGAUGUUGAAAUUAGCAAAGACACUAAGGAUGACAUUGAGAUGUUGAAAGCUAAGAAAGCAGAGCUGAACAGGCAGAGGGAAGAGAUGGAGAAAAAUAAAGAAAAUAUGGAGGCCAUCUUAGACAGUCACAGACACACCAAGAUAGAACUGGAGAUCUGUCCUAUAUUCCUCAUCCCUGACACCAACUGCUUCAUUGACCACUUCUCUACCCUCAAGAAGAUUCUACUUACAAAAAAAUACACAUUGGUUGUGCCCCUUGUUGUAAUAAAUGAACUGGAUGGCUUGGCCAAAGGGGCCAGGGACAAGCAGUACGACAGCCCUGAUCACGCCAGGAUGGUCAAGACACAGGCUGUAGCUGCUGUUGAGUUUUUAGAAGCCGAGUUUGAGGUGAAAAAUCCUAAUCUGAGGGCACAAACAGCCAAGGGAUCAAUUUUGGAAACAAUAUCAUUUCGUAGUGAGGAAUCUGAUGGCACGGGUAUCAAUGAUGACAUCAUACUCAACUGUUGCCUGCACUACUGUAAAGAUAUGGCCAGAGAGUUCAUGCCCAAAGACAAAGAUCAUCCGGUACGCCUGUACAGGGAAGUCGUGCUGCUGACUGACGACAGAAACCUGCGUCUGAAGGCACACACCUGUAACAUACCUGUCAAAGACGUGCCCAACUUCAAGCGCUGGAGCAAGAUAACAUGAUGAUCUUCAACACUGACCGGGUCCAGUCUCGUCCACGCCUGAUUUCUGGAGAACGUCCUCUCCCCCCCGAGUUGAGCUGGUGGUUGAGGCGACUCGCCACCACCCAGACCGAUCCUUGCAUGCUAGCCUUUAGCUAUGCCUUACAGCUGAAAAGUUUUCUUCUCUUGUGCUAUUAAAAAAAAAAUGUUUAAAAACUGUAAUUGAUUGUCAAGAUAGCAGCCAGCUUGUUGCAUAGCUUAAUCCCAUAAAAGGAGUGAGAUAUCCUCAGCAAUCUCUGAAUGUCGUGUUUCAAGUAGUGUUGUAGAUUUAAUGCUGAAGUGCUGUAAAAAUAAGUUGACGACGUAUAUCUUUGACAAACUGGUGAGAAUGAUUUGACUAGAGUCACAGACUAAGUCUAUCAUAUUUCUUACACCAGAAGACAGUUUACAACUGUAACAGACAAAAAACGCUGCAUGUACGCCACAUGAAAGCCUUUUAGGCUCCCUAUGUGUUGGCAGUCGGCACCACCUUCAGUGUCAUAACAAAACAUUUGGAGGGUCAAAGAUAGAAAAAAUGUUGACUAAUGUGUUAAAUAAAGAAAUGUUUUGGACAUUAUUUCUGAAGUUGAGCAGCAGACAGUUGCUUAAGGGCAUGAAACUUUCUGAUGUGGUACAGAAGUGUAGGACUAAAGGACAUUGUUUUCUUACUUGGAAUUGGAUUGUAGGACUAUAUAGGACAUUGUUUUCUGAUGUGGCACUGAAGUGUAGGACUAAAGGACAUUGUAUUCUUAUAUGGAAUUGGAUUGUAGGACUAUAUAGGACAUUGUUUUCUGAUAUGGAGUUGGAUUGUACUGUACAUAGGACCUUGUUUUCUUUUGUGGUACAGAUGUGCAGGAUAAAGGACAUUGGUUUCUGAUAUGGAGUUGGAUUGUAUGACUAUAUAGGACCUUGUUUCUGACAAUGUGGUUUCUGGUAAGGCAAGUGUAAGAAUACAUUGUUUUCUGUAAAUGUGCUGGAAUGUAGAACUAUAUAGGACAUUGUUUACUAAUGUGGUACAGGAGUGUAGAACUAUAUAGGACAUUUGUUUUCUGAACUUGAGUGUAGGACUUUAUGAGAAUUUGUUUUAAUUACAACAGUGUGUUGUCAUCCUCAGCAUUCAUUUGCAACUCUCAUACCUCUCAGCCAUGGACAUUUAUUAACUCAGAUGUUUUUUCACAGUUCCGUGCUAAAAUAGUUUGCAAGGUGUUGUCAUGUUCUAUUCAAUACUGUGGCACUUUAUUUUAGAAUUUUUUCAUGUAACGCAAAAUCACUAUUUUUUAAAUGCAAUCUCUUUUCCUAUGCUUACACUUCCAUUACAUUUAAUUGAUAUUAAUUAAGUGUGCUUUCAAAAAAUACAUAAUUACACUAAAGUAUAAUUAAGUCACAUCACAAAAUUUUAAGUGACCAUGUUUGAAAGAAAUUGUUUAAAUAAAUAGUUUAAUUAAAAACGUUCCCGUGAUGUCAUUAAAUUAAAUUUCAACCAAAAGUUAAAAAAAAAAAAAUAAUAAUAAUAAGUUUGGAAUUUAGUUAUGCCAAAUUUUUAUUUAAAUAUAAAAAGCUAAAUCCACCAAUUUUGUUUUAACUGCAUUUAAUAGAUCCACAGCCUCCUUUUGAACAUGGUUCAAACUAUAACAUCUGAAAACCUUUUUUUUCUAUAUUUCUUUUUUGAUUUUUCAGAAGUGUAAAAAUUAUGAAUAAAUUACUUCCAAUGCUUUUAAAUAGAUUUUUAACUAUUUGGAUGGUCAAAAAAAUUUGAAGUCCAUACAUUUAUUUUAAUUUGUGUGAUAUUCUGUUUGAGAAAUAUAAGUUACAGAACUCAUGUUAACUAAUUAAUACCCCCAUGCUUUGAACUGUAAUGUAUUGUUCUGUUUUAGUUUACUUACAGAAAGUGUAUCGUUAUGAUUUUUAAUUAAUUGUUUGGGUAUUUUAAUUUUUUACUAAUAAAAUUUUAUUGUCUAACAUUGAAAAAAUAAUGUAAUUAUUACAUAAUUUGAGAGGUAAUUUUUUUUCCAAUUCUUAAUUUAAUUAUAAUUUUUUAAUUAAUACUUUUUAAAAAUUAAUUUUUAAAAUGUGGGAUUGGCUUAAUAAAUCAAGAAAGGUGAAAUUGUUGAAGCAUUUUUAACUCAUUAAUUCAGAGCAGUUGAUUCAAAUCUUCCAUUUAUUUGUUAGCUUCGCAAGUUUUAUUUUUAAAAUCCUACACUAUCUGGUGGAGAAAAAAAAUUAAGUUAUUUGCGCGCAUGGGUAUAUAAUGAAUAUUUAAGUUACAUAUUGUGUUUGUGAAAACAUUGUUUUUAUUUUACUCUUUCUUCAAGUAAUUUUUUUCCUGUAGUUUUUGCAGAUUUUCUGGUUGUAUUCCUUUCAAACUGUACAGAUAAUAAUAAAGUAGAUUAGAAAGAGAAAAUAAAGGGACUACCGUUGAUAGAUAAUACUUGAUAUAGAUUUACUAUCAAGGUAAAUCAAAUUUUAAAAACUAUAAAGGUUGUGAUAGAUAUGGUUUAUUCAUUUCUGCAAAUUGCUGUGAGGAGUUUUUUCAACAAAAUUUGUGUCCCUUUAAAUUUUGUUUUAAAUUUAUAAAUAUAUAUUUUAGAUUAGAGAGAUCAAUUUUUCAGACCAUCGGAAUACAUUGUACUUGCCUUGUAACAUUUUUGCUAAUAUAUUUAUCAAAAUCUAUGUAUGCUGUUAUAACUUGGUUUAAAAAAAAAUAUUUUAAGUAAAUAGUUUACAAUAACAUUCUCUUUCAAGGUCAGAAAUGUACUUAUAGAUUCGGGUUUUUCAAUGCCAAUUUCUCGCUCAAAACAAUUAUUCUCUCCAAAAAAAAGCACACAAAAAAAACGGACAAGCUCAAUACACAACAGAAAAUUAGUAGAUGUAAACACUUUAAAAAAUAGUUAAAAGGCAACAUACAGCUGAGAAAAAUUUUGGUAUUUUUAGCUAACAUAUAAAUUUGUUGAUCUAGUCUUUGUUUUUUCAACAUUAGAAAGUUAUUUAAUAGUUUCAGUAUUAGUAGUGCUAUUGUUUGCUGUUAACACUUUAAAUGAGUUCAUCAAAUGGUUUUGUAAAAUUUCCUUUAAAUUAAAAGCGGUUUGAGUGUUUGUAGGGUGUUGUCAUUUCUUUGUUCCGAUGGGCUAGGACUAAAGUGAGAUUUCAUUAGUCAAUGAACGACUUUUUUUUACUUUUAUACAUAGCUGCUGCUUAAAUUUCCUGCAAUGGCAUUUUAGCUUCAGUGUGGUGUUUUUUUGUAACAAAUUUAAUAAAUCCAGUUUUUGUAGAAGCAACCUUUAUUCAGCAAGGUUUGUAUUUUAUGCUUACCUCUUAAUUGAAUAAUUAUUUUUCUUUAUCUCUUCCUUAAAUAUGUUACCUCCACUUGGCCUCUUAAUUAGUUUACUAUUUUCUUUGUUAAUUAACUUAUUUUUCUUUUAGUUUAGCUGUUUUAUUAAUUUUGUUUUCUUCUUUUACCUAGAAAAUCACAAAAUUCUCUAGUUUAGUUUAUAUUUGUCUCCCCAUUUUUUAAUGGUUUAUCUGUUCUUAUCCUGCACCCAAUUAAAUUAUUUUUUGUUCUAGUUUAUAAUUGUCUCACGUGCAGCCGCUGGUCUGGUUUUAAUUUUUAUUUGAUUGAUGGCGUUGUGUUGACUGACUGAUUCAAGUGACUUGAUUUGCAAUGUAAUGAAAUACAUUUUUACAAAUAGAUUAAAUAAAAUGGUUGGC